GUGCUGCAGUCCCCAACACAUCUGAAUGAACAUGUGGUUCGUUGUGAUGAUGAUCGUCUUUGGCAGUGGCCAGUCUAGCGCGCAGAACUCCACGACUUAUCUGCACAUCGACCAGUCCACUGGGCAAACUCUUACAUGUUCGAGAUGUGCGCCCGGACACCACUUCGUUGAGCACUGCACUGCCACUCAGCCUACAAAGUGUAUGCGAUGCCAAAACGGUCUUUAUACUGAGUGUUGGAACUACGUCCCUGACUGCCUUAUGUGCGACACUUGCUACGAAAACCAAGUGAUCUCACAGCCGUGUUCGCCUUCUCAAAACACCAAAUGCGUUUGUAAAGAAGGUUACUUUUGGAAUACUUACUAUUGCAAAAGACACAAAACCUGUCCCUCUGGAUACGGUGUGAAGACGAAAGGCACAUCAUAUGAAGAUACUGAGUGUGUCCUUUGUCCAAGUGGAUCGUACGCAGCUGGAAAACCAGGGCAUGCUACUUGUGAGGUACACACCAUCUGUGAAUUAAAGGAAUGCAAAACCAUACUGAAGGGGACGGCUUGGCAUGAUAAUAUCUGCGCUUCUUGUGAUACCAUCCAUGAAGAUGGGGUUGAAUACCUUCGUAGCAUCCUUCCUGAUUUCUUCAGCCAUAGCAACUUGAAUAAAAAUAAAUUGCAACGACUGGCAAGGAUGUUGCACAAAGCAAACAAGGGCAACCGUUUGAAGAAGAGCAGCAGAUCUGUGAUUAAUGACCCUCUUGUGUACAUCACAGCUUGGGUCAGCAAAGCUAGUGUGCAGGAUCUUAGAAAAUUGCCAGAGAUGCUUGAAAAAGUGUAUCUUUACCAUGCAGCCGAAAAACUUGACCGUAAAAUGGCAAGACUAGAUACAGAAGUGAAAAGCUGCAUUGGGACAAAUAAGAACACAAUCGACAUGGAUUGACUUGAACAUGAGGCCUUUUAACAUGUAUGUAAGUUGUGUUGUGUUGAAGAAGAAUUGCAAAUUCAGGGAGACUAAUGGUUUUAUACUAUACUAUUUAUUCUAUUGUUAUAUCAUUCACAGAAACUGGACCUUAAUCAUAUGAACGUUUUUUUUGUGAAAAAGAGGUGUAUUUGUUCAACCUAAGGGUUCAACCUAAGACUGUUAUUUAAUGAAAGAUUGGUGUAAGAGAGAUUGUAUAUUCUAGCUUGAUAUAUGUUAGUGAAUUAGCUUUAAUCAUGACACUUUAAUAAAGCACUGAUGCCUACCCAUGA